CCCCUCUCUCUCUGGGGUGCUUCUCCCCAGCAUGGGUUACUGUAUCCUGGUGGUGCACGGGCUGAACCGGCUGUGUGCCGUGGUGGGCCGCUGGGGCGCCGCGGCCCUCACCGUCUCCAUGCUGCUGCUCCUGCUGCUCUUCUCCUGGAAGACCGUCCAGCAGAACGAGAUCUGGCUCUCCAGGGAGGCCCUGUUCAGGUCUGGCAUCCAGACUCUACCACACAAUGCCAAGGUGCACUACAACUACGCCAACUUCCUGAAGGAUCGUGGAAGAAACCAAGAGGCCAUCCACCACUACAAAACUGCUCUCAGGCUGUACCCUCGGCAUGCCAGUGCCAUGAAUAACCUGGGCACGUUAACACGCCACCCAGAGGAGGCUGAGCGCUACUACAGGAGAGCUCUGGACAUCAACCUCCAACACAACAGAGCCCUGUUCAACCUGGGCAAUCUACUCAAAUCUCACGGGAAAGAGGAAGAGGCUGAACUCAUGCUGAGGGAUUCCAUCCGCUUUGGCCCCCAGUUUGCGGACGCCUACUCCAGUCUGGCAUCCCUCUAUGCUGAGCAGAAGCGCUUUGCUGAGGCCAAUGAGACGUACCUUCAAGGCAUUGAGAACUGUCCUGAUAGCUCAGACCUGCACAAUAACUAUGGGGUUUUCCUGGUAGAUACGGGAGAUGGGGAGCGGGCAGCUGAGCACUACCAGCAGGCCGUGCGUCUAAAGCCAGCCCACUAUGUGGCCAUGGUCAACUUGGGUCGCCUCCUGCGCUCAGCCAAUGACAACAAAGAGGCUGAAUCCUGGUACAAGAGAGCCCUGCUGGUGACGCGUAAAGUAGACAUCCUGACCCCUCUGGGAGCGCUGUACUACAACACCGGUCGAUACGAGGAGGCUCUGCAGGUGUACAGGGAGGCGGCCGCCCUCCAACCUGACAGCACGGACGUGUGGCUAGCACUGGCUCAGGUGCUGGCUAUGGCUGGCCGCAGUAAGGAGGCGGAGAAGAUGACCAUGGGGAUCAUCUCCAAAAGCUCCAGCUGUAUCGAGUGCUACCGCCUCCUCUCGGCCAUCUACAGCAAGCGGGGGAACCACACCGAGGCGUUAGAUUCUCUGGAUCUAGCCCUGCAGCAGAACCUAGCAGACGCUGGUGUGAAGGCGGAACUUCACUUCUCCAAGGGCAACCAGCUGCGAGAGAUGAACCAACUGAACCAAGCCUUUGAGAGCUACAAGCUGGCAGUAGAGCUGAAUCCGGACCAGUCCCAGGCAUGGAUGAACAUGGGAGGAAUUCAACAUAUAAAGGGGGACUAUGCAGCGGCGAGGAUGUACUACGAGCGGGCCCUCCUGCUGACACCAGGCUCCAAACUGCUGAAAGAGAACCUGGCCAAGCUGGACCGCCUGGAGAAGAAGCUGCAUGGAAGGUAGGGGACGAGGAGGAGGAGGAGAAGAAGAGAAGAAGAGGAGGAGAAGAAGAGAAGAGGAGGAGAAGAAUACCCCUGACCAUAGGACAGCGUUUCUGCAGGGACCAGAGUCCACCUCAGGACAUGGUGGAGUGGGAUUGAGGGUUUUGGCAGAGGGCCGUGGCCUGUUGUCAUAGCUGGGGCACAGGCACUGGAAUGUGGAGAGGCAAUUGACAACCAGAUUCUCCACCCUUCAUGGACCUCAGGAACAAACUGAUGAAGCAAUGACUCUACAGAAGUACUCAUGUCCUUUGUGAAUAAGCUUUAACUGAACCUUUGACUCACACACAUUUCAUUUCCGUUUUUGGGUGCGUAUAAAGGAGGUGGAUGUGAGUGAUCUUGCUUUGGAGAAAUGGCUCUUAUGCUAUACAUUCAGUUCAUAUAACACUUGCCUGUUUGCUUCAUCAUGUAUAUCUGCUCCGAAACAGUACAGGCUAGGAUGGUACCGCAGGCCCCCCCGGGUCAGACACCCCACUGUGCCUCUGUGUUCUGUGAACAUGGCACAUGACUUGUAAGAGACUGAAAUGUGUGCACAAUAUGGUGUGUCUGUGUGUGUGUGUGUGUGUGUGUGUGUGUGUGUGUUGUUGUUUUGUCCUUGUAAGAGUGAUGUGUGUCCCAGUUUGGAUUGUGUACACGUGGGGGUUCGGCAGAUUUUCAAUCUGUGUUUUUCUACCUUUCUGUUUCUUCUUUGACUUGAUGCUUUUAUCAUGAUUGUAAAUGGCAAUUUAUUGUGGAAUGUAUUAAAUGAAGUAGGUUAUCAAAUGCUGUCCAUCCUGCAAUGCCGUAAAGAGAAAAUUGCACCAAUAAUAACUAGAUAGAUUUUUUUUAAAUGAUGAAGUGAACAAUGUUUGGAGAAGGAUCACACAGAUCCAGUUUAAGUGGUCAUAGUCACUAUUGCAGUGACCAUGGUUACACAUCAAGGCUCCUUAUCCCAAAUUGGUGUCCAUGGCAACAGAUCCUUUUUGUGCUUUGCAAUUCAUCAUAAAAAUCCCACUGUAAAAACUAUGUAUAAUUAUUUAAUAAAUGCUAUUAAAAACA